GUGCACACUAAAUCUGUCACUCUUCUUCUUCUUCUUCUACUUUUCUCUCUCCCGGUUAUUUUCCCAGAAAAAGUGCGAGAAAAUUCCGUUGAGCUUUAGAGAAGAAGAAGAAGAAAGCUUCAAUGGCGUCGUCUUCUCAGAAACUGAUCAGUGUUUGUGUCGCUGUGCUCGUCGUCUUAGCUCUCACGGCGAUGAUUUUCCGGAACAGUGAAAUCUCUCUCUCUAGGAAGCUGAAAACAGAGGUGAUUCAGAGCUCAAAUAGCUCAACAAUGGCGGCGAUAAGGAAGCUGAAAACAGAGGAGUUUCAGAGCUUAAACAGCUCAACAAUGGCGGCGACAAGGCUUGAUGGUGAACCACAACAACAACAACACGCCGUUGCUGAUGAUCCAGAUAUGGUUGCUGAUGAAGUCGCUAAGCUUGUUCAAAUGAGUGAACAGAACAGGACAGCAAGAAGGAAGCUAGGAUUCUUCUCAUGUGGAACUGGUAAUCCAAUUGAUGACUGUUGGCGUUGUGACCGUAACUGGCACAAGAACCGUAAACGCCUUGCGGAUUGUGGCAUUGGUUUUGGAAGAAACGCAAUUGGUGGUCGUGAUGGACGCUUCUACAUUGUUACUGACCCGACUGAUGAAGACGUUGUUAAUCCCAAACCUGGUACUCUACGCCAUGCUGUCAUCCAGGAGGAGCCUCUGUGGAUUGUGUUCAAAAGGGAUAUGGUGAUAGAGCUGAAACAGGAGCUGAUCAUGAAUAGUUUCAAGACCAUUGAUGCCCGUGGCUCCAACGUCCAUAUAGCCAAUGGUGCUUGCAUCACCAUCCAGUUUAUCACCAAUGUCAUCAUUCAUGGUCUUCACAUUCAUGAUUGCAAGCCUACUGGAAAUGCAAUGGUUAGAAGCUCGCCAUCUCACUUUGGUUGGAGGACAAUGGCUGAUGGUGAUGCUGUCUCUAUUUUUGGAUCAUCUCAUAUCUGGAUUGAUCAUAACUCUCUCUCUCACUGUGCUGAUGGCCUUGUCGAUGCUGUCAUGGGUUCUACUGCUAUUACCGUUUCCAAUAACCACUUUACCCACCACAAUGAGGUGAUGUUGCUUGGGCAUAGUGACUCGUACACAAAGGACAAGCUGAUGCAAGUAACCAUUGCUUACAACCAUUUUGGAGAAGGACUGGUUCAGAGAAUGCCAAGGUGCAGACAUGGGUACUUCCAUGUGGUUAACAACGACUACACACAUUGGGAGAUGUACGCCAUUGGUGGGAGUGCAGAGCCAACCAUCAACAGUCAAGGAAACAGAUAUGCUGCUCCCAUGGACCGCUUCGCCAAAGAGGUGACAAAAAGAGUAGAGACAGAUGCAAGCGAGUGGAAGAAGUGGAAUUGGAGAUCGGAAGGAGACCUUCUACUGAAUGGAGCAUUCUUCAGGCCAUCAGGAGCAGGAGCAUCUGCUAGCUAUGGACGAGCCUCAAGCUUAGCAGCUAAACCAUCAUCUAUGGUCGACACUAUUACCUCUACUGCAGGAGCACUAGGUUGCCGUAAGGGAAGACCUUGCUAGUCGUCUCUCUCUAUACCACUACCAUAGUAGCUAACCCUAAACCCCUUUCACAUAUCUUUGGAAAGCGCAUAUAUAGUAGUAUUACUAUUCUUCGGCUUUUAGGACGGUCAUGUCCCGUUUUCUUCCAGGUGGUAGGAAUUGGUCAACCUCGGCUUGCUUCUUCUCCGUCUUCUUAAAAAAAGGUGGGAAUAUAGAGAGGAGCAAGCACAGAAGCGUUGUUCAAAAAGUUUUCUUAUAGUUUACAAAUCUCUUAAGGUUUUAGUUUUUGCUGUUCUUUUUAGGGAUUGUUAAGGUCCUUUGGUUUUAAUGGAUCCUCCCUUACUUCUAGAGUCUGUCUGUUUGGGUGUUUGUUUUUGUUAAUUCCCUUUCAAGUUAGUGAUAGUAGUUGCAAAAAAUUGUUACAAACGAUUGAAAAGCUUUUGGUUUGAAUGCAACUUUCGUUGGAUCUUAUGUUUUGUUUGGUUUUGUCAAUUGUUUCAAUGGAUGAAGAAACUGUUUAAAUCUUUUUA